AUGGAUGUUGGGCAUCCAUCAGGGCCUGAAAAGCUGGCUACACUCAUCCUAGCUUUAGCGGGACUUGGGAUGCCAACCUCAUUUCCUGUGGCAGGUAGGCACUGGGCAGGAUCCUCAAAAUAUAAAUGGAAGACCCACAUAAGGGGUCAGGAGAUCAACAAGGAUCCCAGGCUCUUACCCAACAUUACCCUGGGCUACAACCUCUAUGAGAACUAUUUCGAUGCAAGGAUGACAUCCGAUGCCAUGCUAGACCUGCUUGUAGGUGGGGAAAGCAAUAUUCCAAACUAUAAGUGUGGAAAAUGGAGUCACCUGCUAGCUGUUCUUGAAGAGGCUAAUUCUGUAAUCUCAAAAGAGAUUUCAACCAUGUCAGGAAUCUACAAAAUCCCACAGAUCAGUUAUGGCUUUAAUGCUCAGGUCCUCAAUGAUAAAAUCCAGUUCCCUUUUGUCUACCGGAUAGUGCCCCAAGAAGAAACUCAGUACCCAGGGAUUGUCAAGUUGCUCCUGCAUUUUGAAUGGACAUGGAUUGGCCUCUUAGCUCCAGACAAUGACAGCGGAGAAAGAUUCUUGAGUGCCUUGACAUCUCUGAUGGUCAAUAGUGGAAUUUGUGUUGCCUUAUCACAAAGAGUACCAGAGAAAAAUUCAUAUCAAAUUCACAUCCCGAGUGAAUCAUUUGUCAUAUGGAGAAAAGUCAGUGUAUUUGUUUACUAUGAAACCACUCGCAUAGGAUGGCUUCCAAUCAUGGCACUGCAAGAAGCACUUGAGAAACAGAUUGGGGCAAAAGUCUGGAUCACAAUAGGUUUAAAGGAUAUCAAUGUGUUUUUGUCUUAUCCUCCUGCUUUAUUCCAGUACAUCCAUGGUUCUUUGUCCUUUGUAAUGAAGACGAGAAAAAUGACCAAACAUGACUUCUAUACACCAUGCUCCUCUCUUCUUUAUCAUUUUUGGAGGGAAGCAUUUGAUUGUUCAUAUUCAAAGCAUAUGUUGUCCAUAAAAGGUCGGACAAGAUGCACAGAGAAGGAGAAACUGGAGGCUUUGCCCCAGGAGGAGCUUAAGAGAGCCCUGUCUCAAGACAGCUACAGCACGUACUUCAAUCUCCAACUUGUGGCAUAUGCCUUAAAUGCUGCAUAUUCGCCCAGAUCAAAGUGGACAUUGAUAGUGGGUGGAGGAGUCAGGUUGAAACAUCAAAGGCUACAGCCAUGGCAGCUUCACCCUUUCUUAAGAGAAAUCCAGUUUUCAAAUACCUCCAAGGGUGAACUAUAUUUGGAUGAGAAUGGGGAGCUGCCAGGCAACUAUGCUAUUGAAAAUUGGGUGAUGUUUCCCAACACAUCUCGUGUUAGAGUGAAAAUUGGGAGUAUAGAGAAAGAGGCAUCCACUGACACAAAGUUCACAAUUAACCCAGAAGCCAUUGUAUGGCCCAAGCAGUUUAACAAGACUCUGCCUCGUUCAAAGUGCACUGAAAGUUGUUGUCCGGGAUAUGUCAAGCAGAUUCAGGAAGGACAGCCAGUGUGUUGCUAUGCUUGUGCUCCAUGCGCAGAAGGAACAAUCUCCACUCAGGAAGAUGCAGACCAUUGCAACACAUGCCCAGAAGAUCAGCAUCCAAACAAGGACAGAGAUCAUUGUAUCCCCAAGAUGAACACCUUCCUGUCCUAUGAAGACAUUUUGGGGGUCCUCCUGGCUUCCUUUACCCUCAUCUUAACCUUAACCACAUGCUUUGUGUUAGGAAUCUUCAUUAAAUACUUUGACACUCCAAUAGUCAAAGCCAACAACCGGGAUCUCUCUUACAUCCUCCUCCUCUCCCUCCUGCUUUCCUUUUUGUCUUCCUUCGUUUUCAUUGGCCUGCCAAGAAAAGUGACCUGUUUUCUCCGACAAGCAGCCUUCAGCAUCAUCUUCUCAGUUGCUGUCUCUUCUGUGUUGGCAAAAACCAUCACUGUGGUGCUGGCCUUCCUGGCCACAAAGCCAGGGAACAGGGCAAGGAAAUGGCUGGGGAAGAGUCUGGCCAACUCCAUUGUCAUUUCCUGUUCCAGUGUGCAAAUUGUCAUCUGCACCAUCUGGCUGGGGGUGUCUCCCCCAUUUCCAGACUCUGACAUGCACUCCCAGCCUGGAGAGAUCAUUCUGCAAUGCAAUGAAGGGUCUGUUGCCAUAUUUUAUACUGCUCUUGGCUACAUGGGCUUCCUUGCUGCCAUCUGCUUCACUGUGGCGUUCCUAGCUAGGAACUUGCCUGCGACCUUCAAUGAAGCCAAGCUGAUCACCUUCAGCAUGCUGGUCUUCUGCAGUGUUUGGGUGUCCUUUGUGCCCACCUAUCUGAGCACAAAGGGGAAAUACAUGGUAGCUGUGCAGGUCUUCUCUAUCUUAGCCUCCAGUGCAGGUCUACUGGGCUGCAUCUUCAUUCCGAAGUGCUACAUUAUUGUACUGAGGCCUGAUCUAAAUACAAAGGAGCAUCUCAUGAUAAAAACAAAUGAAGGAAUCUGA